GUUGAAUGUUUUAGUAUUGUAUGUUAAAUGUGCGAAGAUGUUGCUGGUUUGCCUAUUAAUUAUAGGCAUACAAUUGAUCGCUGCGAACGCCGGUGGUCAUGAUGAAAUUGAAUAUCUAACGCGACAUUUUUUUGCUAACCUGGAAGAAAAUUUGAAAGAUGAAAGGGGAAAUCCGUACGAGUUCAUCGACAGGCAAGUGGACAAUUACAUUGCUGUUAUUAAAGAAUCUCAUCCGGAUGUGGUCCAUGCUGCGAGAUCGAGGAGAGCCGCUAUCAAAAGUAACCCGAUCGGUUUCAACAAGCUACAAGGUUUGAUACCUAAGGAUAAGUUCGCGAUUAAAGUGGAGUAUCCGAUGGACAUCAUGAUCUUCCACCAAAAGAAUUCCUCGUACGCUGCGAUAUUAACAGUGCGCGAGAUGAUUCUGUUUAAAUACGAAGGAGAUAAAUUCAAUGAAAUUAACAGGACCGCCUCGACUAACGGUUUGAAGUUGGGGAUGCAUUCGCAGGAGAAGGUGGGUACUUUCAUUGUGGUUGCUGAGAACGCCAAGUCUCACAGCAAGGUUCCGAACAAAACGGCCGUGUACCUGUUCGACGCGGAUGAACGGCUGAAAAUAAUCCAAUACCUGGACGUUGAUUACGUCAGCGAUGUUUCCAUCUGGGGGUUUAAUCAAGAACUGCACAUGAUUGUAACGCGUUAUUACACGAAGGUGAACGAUACGUACAAUUACGAGGUGGACGGUCUUGUCUACAAAUACAAGAACGGUUACUUUGACUUGGUGCAAAAGAUCCCAACUGUAGCAGCGAUAAAGGUGCAGCCGUUUGUGGUCGAUAAAAGGCAGUACGUCGCUAUAGCCAAUAACAGGAGCGCAGUCGAAGGAGAAGAGAGGUUCACUGAGAUAUUCAAAUACGAUGUGGAGAAGGAGGAGUUCGUAAGCUUCCAGCGGAUCAUCACCGAAGAGAUAUUCGACCUGGAGGCGUUUUGCUUCAGCAACACAAAGGUCACGCAUAACUUCCUGGUGAUCGCAAGCAGAGAUCCAUACGCCCAAAUGCACAACUCGAUAAUUUACAAAUACGUCGAUGACUCUUUCUUGCCAAUUCAGUCUUUGAAUCUGGAUUCGCCCACGAAUUGGUUGCCUGUUGUGGGAACUGACGGCGCUUUCGCUCUCUUCGUCGCCGAAGCGCGAGGAUUGAAGAUUUUCCAAUAUACCGGAUGGAUAUUCGCGGUGACUAAGACGCAGUACAACGAAGGCUCCAUGGGACCUGGGAUUAUAAACAUGAAUUCAGAGUUUAUUAACGGCGUACCAGUUGUCGUUGUAGCAAACGCUAAAGAUGACGGCACAAUGACCAAGAUCUACGAGGUGUGCUUCGAAUCGAAAGUACAGGUCGACAGCACUUACAUGGAUUUUCUCGAGUGGUGCCAGAAAUCUUUGCAGCAAGCAAAGUUAGGACUCCCUACCGAUAUCCCUACAAGAAGUCGAACUUCGAGCUCCGAUGAGGACGAUCCGCUUAUCGAUAUUACCGACGCUAGGAUUAAGAAACCAAUUGAUCGAAAACAGAGGCAAGCAGCGUUUGAGGAUGGAAGCUUGGAGAGUCAAUUGGAGGUUGCCUCAUUGGAAAUGCAAGGCGUCGAAGAUGAAUUGGAUCGAAACCUAUUGAAGAAGAAUAUCAAUAUAAUCUCAGGAGACGUGAUAGCCGAUAGCAUAGUCUUUCACGAAGAUCUCUUCUCGGACAUCUACGCUGAAAGGAUCAACGAUAAUAUCGAUGUUAACCGUUUCCUUUCGAACGUUAUUAACAUCAACAGCGAUUUUGAGCUUCAGAAGCUUGAUUUGGCUACGGCGAGAUUUGAAGAGGAUUUUGUCACGGAAUUCAUUAACGGAAGACCAUCCAGCGAGAUGCUGAGCACCGAAGUUUCGUUGGAAAGUUUGAAUAUUGAAGGAGAUGUUGUUUUCGUGAGCGCUAUAAACGUCGAGGAUAACUUGAACAAUAUUGCUUUUUCGAAAGAGAACAUCCUUUUAGUUAAAGGUGAUCAAAUUUUCAAGAAAGGAUUGAACUUGAGCAAUGUCGAUGCGGAGGAAAUCAGUACCAAGUAUAUCAAUAAGUUGCUCAUGUCCAGUAUCCCGCACGUAUCGAGGAGAAAGAUGAUCACGAAACUGGACUCGCUGAGAGCGAAGAACGUAGUGAUCGACGGUUUGCUCAACAACAUCGACCUGCCGACUCUGUAUAAAUACGUGCUGAGGAAUUCCGGAGAUCAGGAAAUCACGACUCAAUACAUUUUCGAUGAGCUGAAAGUGGAGAACGUGGAGACGCGUUUGAUGAACGGCAUCAACGUGCCCCAUGAUCUGGUCGUGAUCAACGAGGGUGAGUUCGAGAUCGAACAGGAGGUGAUCUUCCUGCAGGAUAUUGCAGUCGACGAGGUGUUCGUCUCGAGCAAAUUGAACGAUGUCAACGUGCUUAACGGAAAACUGGACGUUCUUUUGCGCAACUCAAACGAUGUACAGCACAUCUCCGGGUCGAAGAGCUUCGAGAGUAUUGAUAUGCUAGCACCUAUAAAACUGCAGUGCAAGAUCAAAUGUGAGCAGUUGGAUCGCAUCAAUCCGGUUACCAAAUUCAGAGAGAACAUCGUCGUUUCCGGUAACUACACACUCGAGGGUGACGUUACGGUGGAGAAUCUUCUACAGACUACAGAUUUGAAGCCAACAAACUCGAGGUAUUCUCUUGGGUCUUUACAACAGUUCGGGCUUCGAGUCGCAGACACCCAAAUACCCAUCCAUCUGGUAUUCAAGCAGCAACUAAAUGUCUUGGAUGUUUCCGCCGAUAGAAUCAACGGCAUUGAGACGCAAGCUUGGGUGGUGAACGGCGGCAACGACACGCAACGCAUCAAAGGCUGGAAAAUCUUUGAAGGGGAUUUAGUAAUCGUAGGAGAUACAAGUUUGCUCAACGUGAACGGAAUCCAUUUACACAGCUUCGAUCAGAACGUGCUCAAGAUCGAUGGUGAUCAAGUCAUAACUGGAAAACAUCAUAUAGCCAGUAUAAAUACACCGAGUAUUUACUCUUCGAGUAUCAAAAUGGGACAAAGAGACUGGAGCGAUUUGGUUCUGAAUAACGUAGAGCAAAUUAUCACCGGAACAACUAAGAUUCAGUCGUUGGAGGUAGGUGGAGUGGAAACGGAAAAUGUAAGCGUGAACGGAAAGAUCAACGGUAUAGACCUCUCCGAGAUGCUCUCGGAUUCAGUUUACGUGGAUUCCACGGACACGAUAGGCGGUAGGAAAUGGUUCAAGAACGUAACCGUUGACAAUCUGACUUCGAAGAAAGAUAUCAAAAUGAAUAAAAUCCCGACCAUGUUGAAGAAGGCCCAGGCUACGUUCAAUGAAGAUCUGGAGUUAUCCAAUAACGUUGCCAUCGAGAAGAUUACCUUCAAGUCUACGAUGAACGGAAUCAGCGCCGACGAAUUCGCAGCGAACUGGGUCAACGGAGAGGAUAUAGUUAUCGCCGGGGAUAAACACCUGGACACUCUAAUUUUGCACGGAGGCCUCUUCGUGGAUUCGAAUCGUAUCAACAACGUCGACCUGACAGACCUCGCCGUUAAUUCCGUAAAGGCAGACGAACCGCACACCUUUAACUCGAUUCAAUUUAAAAACGAUUUGAUCGCCUUGUCGGGCUUCGAAUUGCGAGGGCAUAUCGAGAAAGUGGAUAUAAACAAUAUAGUCGCAGAUGCCGACAUCGAACUUAUCCUAACCGAUUCGAUCACAUUCAAUGAGAACGUGACAAUAUUGGAUGGGAAAUUGUACGUGGAGGGUUUGGUCAACGGGAAGAGUUUAGGAGAGUUAUGCACAUUCAGCGAUCCUGUCAAUGGAGAUGAGAAGAACUUGAUUAUCGAAGGGAAUGCGUUCUUCGCGAAAAGCCCCAAAGUGGAUUUGGUCAAUGGAUUGAGUAUUUCGGAGAUUCACCAGAACACAUGGUUGAGGAAUCGCGAGACGACUUUCAAGGGGCAUUUGGAUUUCGGUGAUCUUCAUUUCGAAUCGGACGUCUUCGUCAGGGGAUACGUGAACGAAGUGCCUCUAGAUUGGGUUAAAAACAAUUAUUUGAGCAAGAGUCGUAAUCAGACGGUCGUUGCCAAACUGGAUUUUGCUGAGGGAAUCGUCUUUGCUUCGGACGUGAUCGCACCCAAAUGCGAGCUGAAAGGUUCGCUUUCUGGUAUCGAUCUGAACAGCUUCUUCGCCACGGCUAUCCUCCAGGAUCAAGAUCAAAUUUUCGAAGAAAUUCCCUACAUUCAAACUGUUUACAUAGAUGAACUAUCUGGAGAAUUCCUAUUGAACAACUACAAUUUGCAAAGCGAUCUCAUGAGAUACGAUGCACCGAACGUGGUGACUGGAAAGAAGGUAGUGCAAGAUCUAACGACGGACGUCCUCUCUUUAAACCGAAACAACCGUAUCCAAGAUGUGGAUGUGCUCGAUUGGAUGCAGAAGGCAGUCCCAAAGACAGGCAACUUCCAAGUCAAAGGACGUCUGCAUUUCGAGAACGAUACCAUUUUCAAGAACGGCAUUGGAUUGGAAGGUUCCUUCAACCAAAUGAAAUUCAACUCCAGCAAUAUUUUGUUAAAGUCCUCGGAUCAAACCAUCACCGCCAAAAAGAUCUUCAACUCGAACACCAACAGUUUCCAAUCUAUAAAGUUGCAGGGUCUGUUCAAUAACAUCGAAGUCGGAAAAUUCGUUGAUAGACUCGCAUUACGAGAAGGCGAUCAAACCUUCGUGACUCCUCUCACCUUCAACUCGGAACUUACGGCAGGGAAUAUCCAAAUAGACGGUCUCUAUCAAGGCGUGAACGUGUCCGAAUUACUGUUCAACUUGACCCACGUCAUCUCCGUUAACAAUUAUUAUAAUAACUACGCAAAUUUGAAGGAGAUCUCCACGAAAAUCCAAGACUCCUUGAAACAUCAAGCUCAUUAUUUGAGCCAUUACAGAACAGUGCAGAUUUUCGAAUCUGUUGGCGACGUUCUUUUCGUGAAGAAUUUGCUGGGUGAACCACAUUUGGCUAUGCUAGGACAGAACGGUUCGCAGUAUUUGAUAAACUUUUGGAUUUGGUCGCAGCAUUCAGAAACCUUCGUUUACGAUCCUCGAUCGUUGGAGAUUUUGUACAAUCAUUACUUCACUCUGGUAACGCCUUUGGAGUACGAUACAGAUUCUUACCUGUUCAUUGAACAUUUGACCUACGAUGAUCCUCAUAAUAGUUUUUUGGGCGAGUUGAUAUCCGUGGUUAAUUCUACGGCUAUUGAGAUUGUAGGCAAGAUCCCGAGUAAUGGUACAAAACAGGCACUAGCCUUAACAAUACCAAAUGCCGAAAGGGCUUGCAUCCUUCUGGUUUACCACUCCUCGCAUACCAUUGAUAUUUACUGCGAUGAAGAGGAAUUGCAUUUAUUCCAGCGACUCAAAAUAUCUAAAGCUCUGAUGGCGACGACCAUCACCAUCGACUCCUGCAGUUACAUCUUAGCCAUCGCUGAGGAAUCGUCGCUGAUGGUGUGGCAGUACGACGAGAACACGAAGUUGUUCACAGAGCAUCAGAAUAUCUACGUGGUGAGUCCGAACAGCGUAUCGACGGUGACCUACAACGGUCUCCAUUACCUGGCCAUCGGGUCUAGACAUCUGCUGGACACCGUCUACCCAGGCCAGGUAGAGCUGAUGCGCUUCGACGUCUCCACCAAGUUGUUCACCAAGUGGCAGGAAUUCAGCAUAAACGCUCCCAUCCAAGUAGAGUUCGCCGUCCUCCCCAGCAACGAGCUGAUCCUGUAUGUCCUGUGCGACAGCUCCACCGAACCAUUGGUCAUGUACCAGUACCAGGGAAUAGCAAAGUUCUCGCGCACCUUUGCAGCCUCUUCGUUGAUGAAGUGCUCUUCCAUCACCCAGUUCAGCACAUCAAACAAUCACUUCAUCAUCGCCAAAGGGAACAACGAGUUCAGAAUCAUAGAGGCCAUCUUCAAAGGCAACAAAUAUUAAAACGUUUUUUUUUCUUGUUCAUCGUCCUUUUUCGUAUUGUACUUAAAUCAAUUCAAAUAAUUUGAAACUUACCACAAAUUAUUUUGUAUACAUAUCAAAAUUAAAACAUAAUUUAAA